AUGGUAUUUGAGGCUCUUUUAAUGGGUGUCUGGAGGAUCUCCAGAGGGCUCUGCCGCAGGGAACUAAAGGACCUCAAUGUGUCAUCAUGGCACAGGAAACGUGCGCGACUGGUUACUGGUGUCGAAAAAGCCAUUUACCAGACACUCCAGAAUAUUGGCACCCUGUUUGAGAAUGAUGGUGUUCCUGACCAGUGGAAUGCGCAAAAGCUGGAUGACUUUCUAAACAUCAUAUACCGCCAGAUUGAAGACAGCAAAUGCGUGAUGAAUAAGUCUGAAGGGACACAGGAUUUCACAAGCAGAGAUGAUGCACUCAAAGCUUACUUCGAUAUCAUAUCCACAGUUGUGAAAGAAAAGUACGGUUUUAGUUACUGCGCAUGGGAAAUCAUGAGGAAGGAGAUUCUCCACACUCUCAAGUUCAUAUUGACGCAAAACUCCGACAUCAUGUUAUGA